UUGAAACAAUCAUGUUGAUACGAUCUCGUCUACGUUCAUCAUCAUCAUCAUCGAAUUCAGAACGAUCAACAAUUUUAGAUCAACAUUCAUUUUCAUGUUCACCAUCAACAUCGGAUCAUUUGCUUGGUGAAUGUUAUCUUUGUGGUCAACAAAAUGAUUGUGAAGGACAACGGCAAUUAUUAACAUGUUCAGUUUGUGCAACACAAUUUCAUCUGAAAUGUUUAGAUAUUAAAUCGGAAAGAUUUUUGGAUACAAAAUCACCGGCAUAUAAACAAUGGGUUUGUCGAAAAUGUCGUCGAUGUUUAUGGUGUCGUGAAAAACGUACAAAAAUGAAUCCAAAUCCAUUGCUAUCAUCGUUAAGAUCACAUCCAGAACGAAAAUUAAAUUCAUUAGAAAUGAUUUCCUGCGUUGAAUGUGAUCGAUCAAUUCAUUUAACAUGUUUUUUUCGUCUACAAAAUGAUCAAUUAACAUCGAUUUCAAUUCGUGAAUUACGUAAACGACGUAAAAAUUUUAUCUGUCCACAUUGUACGGGUGAAGCCGAAGUUGAAAACGACGACGACGACGAUGAUGAAGAAGAAGAAGAAACAAACGAAGAUGAAGAAGAAGAAAUUGAAGAUUCUUCCGAAGAUGGUGAUGAAGAUGCUUCAAGUCAAAGCGAUAGUGAUGAUAGUGAUGAUGAUGAUGGUAAUCAACAAUCCAAAUUGACAAAACAACAAAUUCUACAGAUACAGCUGCGAAAAUUAGGUAUCGAUAAUCCUGAUGAAUUGAUUGAAAAAAUCCAAAAUGAACAAUCAUCGAUUACGAGACGUUCAACACGACAUCGAACACAACAACAACAAUUGCCAACAACAAUUAUGAAUAAUGACGAAAUUCAUAGUAAAUCGAACGAAACGAUUGAGGAAAAAAAUUCCGAACAAUUCAAUCAAAAACAUAGAAAUUUGAAACGAAAAAAAUUCGAAUCUGAGCAGCCACAACAACAACCGCAAUCGUUGAUGACGAAAAAAAUGAAAUGCAUUUCACCUUCACCAUCAAACACGAUAGCAUCAUCUUCGAAUGAUGAAGAGAUAUUAUCAUCAUCCAUAUCAACAUCAUCUCAACAAUAUUUUUAUCAAGAAAAACCAAUUACAAGAUGUUCAAUAACGGGUUGUAAUUCUAGUGGACAUUUAUCCGGUAUUUAUGAUCAACAUUCAUCCGUAGAAACAUGUCCAUUAUAUCAUAAUCAAACUUUGGAUGAUUGUCAACAACGUUAUAGAAAACGUAUUGAAAAACAACAACAAGAACAACGUAAAUCACCAAGAAAAUCUACUCAACAACAAUCGAGUCUAUUACAACAGAAAAAUAUUAAAUGGAAUCAGAUUAUGAAUCAAAGAAAUGUUGAGCUUAAACAGUUGCAAACUGAAACAAAAUUUUCGUUUACAUCAAGUCGCCAACCGAAACUCGAAGGUCUAACACCGAAAUUUGAUUUAAAUCUUUUUCUUGAUGCACAAGCACGUACUGCACAAAUGAUACAUGAAAAUUCUGCAUCCGAAUUAUCUGAAACAAUAACGGAUUCGAAUGAAAUAAAACAUGAAACAACUGUCGAUGAUAAUCAAGAAAUUCAAACGAAGAAAAAACCUGGAAUCGAAAAAAUUAUUUUCGGUCGUCAUGAAUUAAGUGUUUGGUAUAAUUCACAAUAUUCGGAUGAAUAUCAAAAUUGUCAACGUCUUUUUAUAUGUGAAUUUUGUUUAAAAUGUAUGAAUUCAUCAAUCAUAUUGAAUCGUCAUAUGGAAAAAUGUUCAUUGAAACAUCCACCUGGUAAUGAAAUUUAUCGUAAAGGAUCGAUAUCAUUUUUUGAAGUUGAUGGUAAUAAACAAAAAGAAUAUUGUCAAAAUCUAUGCCUUUUAGCGAAAUUGUUUCUGGAAUAUAAAACAUUAUUUGUUGAUGUUGAACCAUUUUUAUUCUAUGUUAUGACGGAAAAUGAUCAUCUUGGUAUGCAUUUAUUGGGUUAUUUCUCGAAAGAAAAACAUUCACCAAAUAGUUAUAAUGUAUCAUGUAUAUUAACAUUACCACAAUAUCAACGUUCUGGUUAUGGUCGUAUGUUGAUUGAUUUUAGCUAUUUACUUACACGUUGUGAAAAUAAAAUUGGUUCACCCGAAAAACCAUUAUCCGAUCAUGGUAUUAUAUCAUAUCGUAGUUAUUGGAAAUUUAUUAUUAUGAAUUAUUUAAGUUCGUUUGAAAAUAAAGAAAUUCUGCUUAAAGACAUAAGUCAACAAACUGGUAUCAAUCCUGCCGAUCUGGUAUCAACAUUACAAUUAAUGGGUAUAUUAAAAUAUUGGAAAGGAAAACAUCUGAUAUUGAUUAAUGAUGAACAAAGAAAACGUUUUAUACAAGAAAUUAAACGUAAACGUAAAUUAUUUGGUGAUAAAUUUAUUGAUAUAAAAUGUUUACGAUGGAAACCAUCGAUUUAUCCAAGAUAAUUGAUUUGUUUUCUUUCUUUUCUUUUUUUUUAUCUCAUUAUUUAUGUGAAUUACAUAUUUGUUGUUUUUAAAAUAAAAUUCGAUUUUGAUUUUCA